AUUAACAAAACAGAAGCAGGGUAGGGAACCCCUUGCCAUCAAGCAUGGAGGCCACUUUCGAGGUACCUAUUACCAUCAGGCUUAGCCAUCAAAAGGGGACUUCCCAAUUCCUUCAAGGAGGUUGCAGCCUCAGCAAACUGAGGCAUAAGCCCUGGCUCGGCACUCCUCGCACAACAGCCAACACUUCUGCCUCUCGUGAGCUCCCACCACCACCACCCCCUUCUUGUUCCUGCCCCCGUUCUUGGUCUUCCAGCUCAUCUAAUGCUAGAAGUUGUUUGAAAUCAUCAGAAUCAUCAUUAUGGGCGUUAUUGCUUGUGGGAUCAGAUGCAAUGGUGGUGGUAAUAUAUGGAGAAGAAGGAGAGAGAGAUGACGUUGAAAAGGAUACGUUGGAUGAGAUCUCUGAGGAAAGAGAUUAAUGGGUUCCUCGGAGGUUAACUGUUGGUAAAUCUCAGCACGUGUUCAUUGAGUCUUGGGGUAAUAGUUAGGAAAUUAAUUUAAAUUAGUUGU